AAAAUUUAACUGUGACUGCCACAAAAAAAUAUAAAAAAAAUGAAGAAAUAAAAAAAAACAACGGUAUUUUGGAAUUGGAAUUAUAAUGUUGUUGAUGCUUAAGAUGCAUUAUAUGUUAUAAACUGACAUUCCUCCUUUUAAUAUUAGUAUUGCAACUGAUGACAUCUAAUAAAGAUCUGAAUAUUCCACCAUUAUUUGUGGAGUUCGUCCAAAAUUUUGUGCAAGAGUAUUUGGAGGUUUUAGAACAGAAAAAUUUGGGUGGUUAUAGAGCUAGGCAGACUGCUUUAAGUAUUUCUCCUACACGGGGUGUUGCUAAUAGGAUGAAAUCUGUGCUUCUUCCAUCUUCAAUGACGUUUGGUGGAUUAUUUAAUAAUAUGGCUUACUCUGCCGAAGAAUCUUCUCCCAUACCUUACAGCACUGAAUCAUGCUGCAUAUGUGAUGAAGAAUUUUCUUCUGAUAGUGAUCUUGCAAACCACCUAGUAACUCAUGCUGAUGAAGAAGUUUUUAAAGCUGGUUUAUUGGAGCUAGAGAAGAAAACUCCAACCAAGCAUCCUCCUCCUCACAGUUCUACUCCUGUAAUUUCCAGAACAGUUUCUCUUAAAGAACCUCUCAAAAGAACUGCAUCACAACGCUCUAAAUCUCCAGAAGUUUGGGAGAUUAUAAGUGAUGAUUCAGAUGAUGAGAGCAAUAAGAAUAAAAAAUCUGCAAAACUGUCAAAUAGUUUCAGACUGGUAAGUACUCCAAGUAAAUCUGCUGAAAAUACUCCAGUGCAAAAUAACCAAUCUAAUAAACUUUCAGCAAACCAAUCUAAUAAACCACCUGGCAACCAAACUAAUAAGCCCUCUGGCAACCAAACUAAUAAGCCCGCUGGCAGCCAAACUAAUAAGCCUGCUGGCAACCAAACUAUUAAACCAUCAGUCAAUCAAACUGUUAAACCACCUGGCCACAAAUCACAUAAAUUGCCAGUAAACCAAUCUGAUAAAAAUCCUCUCAACCAAAUUAAAAAACUUUCAGCUGUCAAUAAAACUAAUGGACCUCCAGGCAAUGAAUCGAAUAGAGCAGUUAACAUCAAUCCAUCUAAUAAACCUCAGUCGCACAAGCUUUCGCAAGUUGCACAAACUUACAAAUGCCAUACAUGCUCAGCAGAAUUCAAAAACAUUAACCUAUUGAAAGAGCAUGUUUUAACUCAUGAAAAUAAAGAGUCUUAUACAUGUCACAUAUGCAAAAAAGCAUUUUUACACAAAGGAAGUUUAAGGCAGCAUUUACAUUUGCAUAUUGGUGACAAAAGUCACAGUUGCAAGGUUUGCAAUAAAAAAUUUACUGUUAAAAGCGUUCUUCGUAAACAUGAGUUAGAAGAGCACAUGCAACCAGCUUCGCAAACUGUUCAAACCAAGCGUCAAAAAAGUACAUGAUGAUCAUUGUUCAAAAAUUUAUUACAUCAUUAUCAUACUAAUUCAACUUUUUUGCCCUGCAUUUAUUUUAUUAUUUUUUCAAUUACACUAGCAUUUCUUUGUCAGUCAUUUUUAUUUAAAUAUCUUGAUUAAGGUUAUUUAUCUUAGUCAAUUAUUAAAUCUGGUCAAGUCUUUUGUUUAUUGAAUGUUCAUGUCUUGAUUUUAGACAAACUAGUGAGCUUUUUUGCUGAUUUGAUUGUUUUAAGUUUUUCAUGAUCUGGCAAAUGUUUUACAACGCUAAAUAACUGCCUUGUAUUUUAAACUGGUGGAAGUUUUUUUGAUGUAAUAUUCCGCAAUUUUGUAAAUGAAAAUGUUGCCUGAUUCAUUUCUUUAAAAGCAGCAUUUAAAGUGCUGAAAUUUAUUAUCACUAUUUUUGCAUUAUUGUUUUUUUUUGUCUGAUUAUCAGUGAAUAAUUUAUAAAUUAGUUUUAUUUUUUAAAUAUGCAAUUCUACUUUAAGAUUUUAUAUGACAUUUUGAAGUUUCCAUAUUUUAUUUAGAUGCCCUUUUUAGUUGUGUACUUUUUCAUUAUUGGUUUUGGAAUACAAAUCAAUAGGUGCACUAAUAGCUUAAAACAUUUCCAAUUUUAAUGAUAUGUUAUCAAUUGUUAAAAAUCACUUAACAAUUUAACGACAUUCCUUUUGAAGUAAUGAAUUUCAUAGUUUUUUUUCUAUGCAAUUAAAAAUUCCAUCAAGUGACAAUGUUCAACAACUACCUGGGCAGCAGAACUGUCAUGUCUCCAAUAUUUUCUUUUUUAUAUGAAAAAACUAGAUGACAUAAAAUAGUUUUCCAAAUACUUUUUUAAAAAUAGAAGUAAAAUUUGUGCUUCAAUCAGUUUUGUUGAAUAAGAAAGUGCAUAAAUAUUUUUCACAACAUUAGUGGACACUGGACAUAAUUUAUUAUUUUAUUUUUGCUGUACAGGCAACUGUGUAGUUUUUACUUUUUCCAUUGUUUAUAUCAUUGCUUAAGUAUAGUAUAAUGUUGCCUAAAUAUCUUUCCUAUUGUUAUAUUAUUACACAUUUAACAAAUAGCGAGUAUUAUAAUUUUAAAAUUAAAAAUUUUCCCUUUCA